CUGCCUGCAGCGUCUUGCUUUAUAAAGAGCUAAAUUUACCGAACUUUACGUUGUUUCCUGAGCGCUCACAAUUGGCCAGGCCGACUCGGCUCAGAGAGUUAAAAGGUCGGGAGGACCUCCUACCACUUUUUAAACUGGUUCAUGCGCUUGGAGAGAGCAGCAGCUGUGGAGAGAGGGGCGAGCGUGAAGCAAAGCGCGCACGGACUCUCUCGGUUCAACGAGACUUUUUUCAUUAUUAUUUGACGAGACGUUUGAGUUGUAAUCAAUCUCACCGAUCGAUGGCCUUAUCAGAAGUGAUGCUGCCCUCAUUUUCCACAUUCUCUAACCAAAGAGAAAAAACCUGGGAAAACAGGUGGAAAGGAGAAAUGGACAAACUAACAAGUUGCUCCAUGCUUGAGAUGGUACAAAACCUGGACAGCAGAAAGGACGACGAGGAUCUGAGUAAUUAUUUGGAUCUGGAUUUUAUUCUCUCCAACACGACUGGGUCGGACGCGGCGGUGGAGUACGCAGACCACAGCAUGUUCACCACAGAGAACUCCGUGCCCUCGUACCCCACAGACGACCACCGCUCCCCGCCUCCCCCGUACGGCGCCAGCCUCAUGACCGAGCUCCUGCGCGCCGAAGGAACCGGCAGCUUCGGUGUUACGCGCGGUCCGGGCAUCCAGGGACGGUUCUACGUCAACACGGCGCCUUUCCCCCGCACGGACAACAUCAAAAUGGAGCCGAGCAUGGACAGUUACGGCCCCGUUUUGGGGAUGGUGCCCCAGACCUGCAGCAAAAUCAAGCAAGAGGGCAACGUGUCGUGCAUGAUGUCCUUUGAGCAGCCGCGGGUGGCCAUCUCUCCGCGCGCAGCCAGCAACAUGACCCCGCCGCUGAGCCCCGACGACCAGGGAGCCACGGACUGCCAGGCACAGCUGUGUCAGCCCAUGAACUUCCAGCACAAGUACCACACGCCGGCGGCCUUCCAGCACCACCCCCAGGCUCCCCAGAUGCAGAUGCCCUACCACGCCCCGCAUCCCGGCUUCGGCAUGUACGACGAAGGGCUCAGCCUGCAGCCGGGCGCGCAGAGGGUGAUGCUCACCCCACCCUCCUCCCCCCUGGAGCUGCUGGAAUCCAAGCCGAAGAGAGGCCGGCGCACCUGGCCGCGCAAGCGCACGGCGACCCACACCUGCACGUUCGCUGGCUGCGGGAAAACUUACACCAAGAGCUCCCACCUGAAGGCGCACCUCCGAACUCACACCGGUGAGAAGCCUUAUCACUGCAGCUGGGAGGGCUGUGGAUGGAAAUUCGCCCGCUCCGACGAGCUGACCCGUCACUUCCGGAAACACACCGGACACAGGCCGUUCCAGUGCCACCUGUGCGAGCGCGCCUUCUCCAGGUCUGACCAUUUGGCACUUCACAUGAAGAGACACAUGUGAAAGAGCUCACCAACAGACUCUGGGUUCACAGGGGAUUGUAUUAUUUUGUAUUGUGACUCAACUGUAUUUUUUUAUUUAAAAUGCUCUCCAUGUGGCCAAAUCUUUUUUAUAUAUAUAUGCUGAAUUGAAAAAAAAAAAGUUUUAGUGUUAUUAUUUUCUAAUAACGUAGCUGGUACUACUUUGGUUGUAUAAAGAGCUUUAGAAAAGCUUUGUUUGCUUAAGAGCAGGCAGACCAAGAAGGGGCUGGCCCUGUAUAUACUACUCUCCUCUGACAGAACUGGAAUGCUGUGUUUGACACAAAAGUGCCUUUCUAUGACUGUGCUACUGUAAAACUUCUUUGGGACAGAUCGACACGGCCAAAGGGAAGCAAAUGUAGUUAAAUGUUCUUGUUGACAGGGGUAAAAUGCACAUAUACAGUUGCCUAACAAGUGCAGAGACAAUGUUUUAUUUAAACUGCCUCAGUGUCUGAACUGCCUUCUCAUUUUGGAAACUUUUUUUUUCCUUUUUCCUUUGUGGAACUGUUAAAAAUUCUUGGUGUAAAACUUUUGGAUCCAGCCCCACUGUACACUAUCAGGGCUUGACGUCCUGUGCAUUAUUUUUUACUUAAAUUUAUAUGAGUACAAGGAUUUUAUACUGUAAAAUGUGUAUUUAUUGUAAAUAUUAAAAAAAAGAACCAAUUUGAA